CGCCCCCUGGAGACGGCAGCCGCGGAGCCGAGACCCUCCCGGCUAGCGGGCGGUGGGUCCGGGGAAGGGCCGGGCCGGGGUUUGGGUUCCCGGCGGCCCUCCGCCAUGAAGCUGACUCGGAAGAUGGUCCUGUCCCGGGCCAAGGCCUCGGAGCUGCACAGCGUGCGGAAGCUCAACUGCUGGGGCAGCCGCCUCACAGAUGUCUCCAUCUGCCGGGAGAUGCCCAGCCUGGAGGUGAUCACCCUCAGUGUCAACAGCGUCUCCACCCUGGAGCCCGUGAGCCAGUGCCAGCAGCUGAGCGAGCUCUACCUGCGGAAGAACCGCAUCCCCAGCCUGGCGGAGCUUUUCUACCUGAAGGGCCUGCCCCGCCUGCGCGUGCUCUGGCUGGCGGAGAACCCUUGCUGCGGUCCCGACCCCCACCGCUACCGCAUGACCGUCCUGCGCAACCUGCCCCACCUGCAGAAGCUGGACAACCAGGCCGUGACCGAGGAGGAGCUGUCCCGUGCGCUGAUGGAGGGGGAGGAGGUCACGGCCCCCAGCGGACAGGGCACGGGGAACGGCGGUGGGCCUGCGCUGUCCUACGCCCUGAGCGCCACGGACACCACUGCUGAGACCCGGCAGGACACGCUGGGCUGUGGCCAGGAGGAGACGAGCAUCCAGAGCCAGCUCAGCCUGAAGCCGCCGUCCCGAGACCGGUUUCCUUCCUUCUCACAGAGGGACGCCGCGAGCAGUCGCAAGAACAGGGCUGAAAAUCAUCAAACCCCCUGGAGCAGGCAGAGCCGCUUCCGGGGACAGAAAGGAAGGCCCUGGCUCUACUUUGAAUGUGGAAGUGGCUCGUCCUCUCACGGAAGGUCCUGCAAGCCUGAGUGGGGGGAUGCAGAUGGCCAGGGAGACCGCACCGGUGUAGGGCUGUGGGGGGAGCAGGACCCCCGAGGAUGGCUGAGGUCAGGGGUUAGCGCCAUGGGGUGGGCAGGGGCUCUGUUGCCGAGCCCCAGUGUGACCCUCUGAGCGGCUGUCACGUUGCUGCCGUGUGCCCCUGCUCACACCCAGCUCUCCUGUCACCUCACGGGAAGAGCCAGCUCGAGUAGCCCCCGUGUGCAGAAUCCUCUCUUGCUCCGGUGUGGGUAGAAACCACACGCACAUGCAUGACACACAUAAGCACAUGUGUGUGUGUGAGAGAUCACACGUUCCUGAGCGCUGUGCUGGCCACUCAGCCCCUUCUGACCCCUGCUGUGUGGCUGGCUGUGUGACCGAGGGCCCAUUGCUUGGCCUCUCUGGGCAGUCCCUGCAGGCGAUGCCGCUCGUCUGCCUGAGUCUCUGUGCUCUGCCCGGGGUUGCCUGGAAGGCCGCUCACCCGCGAUGUCCGUGUCCGGGUGGGGGCACUCAGC